UUUAUUCUGAGGCGUGUGACCGGAAACAGGAAGUGUUGAACGUAGCUUGACACUGCUGCGGCUGUUAGCAGACGGCAAACAUGGACGUCACAUGGAAGAGAAUGACCCGAACAUGAUCGAGAUAUCAGCAGGAACAACCAGCAGACGACACGACAGACAGACGGCAUGACGGAGGAGAAAUGUCCCCAGCUGGUGGACUACUUUGUAGUAGCAGGUCUCGACCCUGCGGGGGCCUGGAAGCCCCUGGACGAGGAUGCCAAGACCCCCACCUCCUCAUGCUCCGCCACCUCCUCCUCCUCCCCCCGAGCGGUGGAGUCGGUGACAGACCUGGCGGUGAUAGCCCGGGGGCUUGGGGAGGAGGUGCCGGAGGGCUUUACCUGCAUCGAGAGGACGCUGGGCGGACACUCAGCCGAGCUGAGCGCUGGCCUCAUCAGUAACCCUCACAUGUACCUGUGCUACCGGAGAGGCCGGGACAAGCCGCCCAUCCUGGACCUGGGGGUUCUGUAUGAAGGGAAGGAACAGUUGAAGCCGAGCUGGGACGUCAUCGACACAACGCCCUACAGCCGAUCUGCCAACCUGAGCCCCGGCGGCGCCCCGACGGCUCACCGGGUUUUCCUGAUGUUCCGGCGGGCUCUGGACUCGCAGGGCCUCCACAUGCUGGGGGUCACAGACAUUGGUCUGCUGAUGCCCAGUAAAGGAGAAGUCGCCCCGCACACCUUCUGUCGAGUGGACAAGAAUCUCAACACCGGCAUGUGGGGUCCGGCUUUGUACUUGUGCUUCAAGAGAGCUGUGGCCAAAGCCAACGCCCUGCUCUACAAAGCUAGUCUGAUCAGCCGCUACCCGGAGGAGGACCUGGAGGCCUUUCCUCUGCCGGAGUCGGUGCCAGUCUUCUGUCUGCCAAUGGGCGUCACAGUGGAGAGCUGGCCUCUGAACACCAAGUACCAGCUGCCUGUAUUCUCCACCUUCGUCCUCACCUCUGCUUCCGGGGACAAGGUCUAUGGAGCAGCAAUCCAGUUCUACGAGUCCUUCUCCCAGGAGCUGCUGUCGGAGCGGCAGAGCGUGAGACUAGGCCUGCUCAGCGUGGUGGACCGGAGGCCCAUCACCAGCCGCAGCCUGCAGGUGAAGAAGAGCAUCUGUGUGCUCUCCCACUGGCCCUUCUUCACAGUCUUCCAGAAGUUCCUCACCUUCGUCUACCGAUACUCCGUCUCCGGGCCCCACGUCCUGCCGCUGGAGAAACACCUCUCCAGCUUUAUGCACAACGUCCCGUUUCCCUCCCCCCAGCGGCCACGCAUCCUUGUUCAGCUCUCUCCAUAUGACAACCUGGUUCUCUGCCAGCCUGUUUCCUCUCCGCUGCCUCUCAGCGGGGCCAGCUUCCUGAAGCUUCUCCAGAACCUCGGUCCAGAGAACUCGUGCACAUUGCUGCUCGCCGUGCUAACAGAACACAAACUGUUGCUCCACUCGCUGCGAGCUGACGUCCUGACCUCCGUCAGUGAGGCCCUCGUCUCCAUGAGCUUCCCCCUGCGCUGGCUGUGUCCCUAUAUCCCUCUGUGUCCACUGCAGAUGGCUGAUGUCCUUCUGGCUCCGAUGCCGUUCAUAGUGGGGGUCCACUCUAGUUACUUUGACCUGUACGACCCCCCCACUGACGUGGUGUGUGUGGACCUGGACACCAACACCAUCUUCCAGUCAGACGACAAGAAGCCGCUGUCGUGGCGAUUGUUACCCAGGAAACACGGCAAGUCUCUGUUCAAUACCCUCACCGGCCUCCACAAGACCCUGGAGAAGAUCUGCACUCCUGGCCAGGAGGAGGCCACGCUGGAGUUCCUGCUGACUGACUACGAUCAGAUCUACAGGAGUCAGAAGCAGCUGGAGCUGGAGAUCCAGGAGGCCUUCCUUCGCUUCAUGAGCUGCCUGCUGAGAGGCUACCGGAGCUUCCUGCUUCCCAUCACUCAAGCGCCUUCCGACACUACCACGGACUGCAGCUCCCUCUUCAACCUGCAGGGCUUCCUGAAGUCUCGGGACCGAAGCCAGCAAAAGAUCUACAGCCAGCUGACAAGGACUCAGAUGUUCACUCAGUUCAUCGAGGAGUGCUCCUUUGUCAGUGACCGACACGCCUGCCUCGAGUUCUUCGACGAGUGUGUCCAAAAGGUGGAUGUGGAGAAGCCAGAGGAGGUAAGGCUGAUCGAUCUGGAUGAGACUCACAGCGGAGAACACACGGUCUUCAUUAUGCCUCCUGAAGAACCACAGGAACCCGACGGGUCUGAAUGUCCAGCCCUUUACAGUUAUGAAACCUUCCCCACUCUGAAGCCGGAGCUCUUCGAACGGCCACAGGAUCAACUCCGGGUUCCAACGAAGGGCAGCGCCCCUAAUAGCCCCGCCCCCCGCCGUACCAAACAGGAGAUCAAGCUGGCCCAGAAGCGAGCUCAGAAGUACUCUGCAGUACCGGACAUGUGGUCCAAGUGCCUGCUGGGUCACUGCUACGGGCUUUGGUUCAUCUACCUGCCCACCUUUGUGCGGGCGGAGGGCGCGAAGGUGCGUGCGCUGCACGCGGCAUACGACGUCCUCAAGCACAUGGAGAACAGGAAGGUGGUGCUACCUGACGAGGUGUGUUACAGGAUCCUUAUGCAGCUCUGUGGUCAGUACGGCCAGCCAGUUCUGGCUGUGAGAGUUCUACUGGAGAUGAAGAAAGCUGGAAUAACACCGAACACAAUCACCUACGGAUACUACAACAAGGCGGUGCUGGAGAGUAAGUGGCCCUCGACCAAUCAGGGAGGACGUCUCCGCUGGGCCAAGCUGAGGAACGUCCUAUUGGCUGUGGCUCAGUUCAGGCGGCCAGUCAAACGUCAGCGGAAGUGCGGCUCGGUGGGGUCCCGGGAAGAAGAAGUGACGAUGGACCCCGAUCAGAGGCUUCUCCCACACUCCACUCUGAUCCGUCAGUCCAGCUGGAGCGGCCUGUCUGAAAGCUCCAGUCACGAGUCUCUGACGGGUUCUUUUGUGAAGAGCAGUAGCCUGAGCAGCAUGAACAUCCCAAGCGAGAAGGUGGCGCUUUGCCGGAAGAGCCUCCUACGCCACACUGGUACCAACGGCUGCAGUGACUCUGCCUCCUGUAAGCCUCCGAUGGGACUCUCGAACACCUCCACCCCUUCUAUCGCCCCCCCCGGGGGCCUGCUGGUGCGGCGGAGUCAGGUCUGCCUCUCCACCUUCUACAAAGAAUGUGCAGAGUCUGCUGAAUCUGAGCCGGACUGCAGCUGCCAGCCGGCAAAGAGAGACGGCAGACCUGCCGGGACCCGAGACUCAGCCAGCAGAAAUAAAGUGGUAGACGAGAACUACAACAACGUAUCCCCCAGCCGUGGAGGUCUGGCAGGGAAGCUCCAGCAGCUGCUCACUCCGACCAGACACCGAACGUCUGGCAGACGAGCCGCCAGCGUGGACGACCGCAGGCCAGGAGGAGGAGCCAUAGGACGCAGGGUGUCCGAGCAGAGGCAGUCCAGGAAAGCUCAAGUGGCUGAGACACUGCUGAAGGCCAAGGAGAGGCUGGUCAGCGCUACCUCAGAGAGUUCUUUGUCUCUAGGAAGUGACCUGGACUUGACAGACCCUCCAUGUCCAGCGUUUCCUCUCCAAAAGUCCUGGGACGCCAACCAGCCGGGGACGGGUCUCGAGGUGCUGAUGUCCAGCUGCUCCCUGUGUCGUAGCUGUAACUCGUUGGUCUACGACGAGGAGAUCAUGGCUGGCUGGACCUCCGACGACUCUAACCUCAAUUCCUCCUGCCCCUUCUGCUGCGCCUCCUUCGUCCCCUUCCUGAACGCUGAGGUCUGUGACCUCGGACCUGUGGUCAGUGCGGAGCCUACCAACUGGAACGUGGAGGACAAGGUGGAGAGUGCUUUGAGGCCCCCCAGCGAUCAGGAGCUGAAGAACCAGUGUAACGGUCUGAGUGAAGACUCCAGCUCUGAGACCAGCAGCUACUCCGAGAACAGCAGAACCACCAUGGCCUCCUCAAUGAGCGGCGCCCCCCAGGUGACAGUGGCUUACCUGAGCCCUCUGGUCCUGAGGAAGGAGCUGGAGAGUCUUCUAGAGAACGAGGGUGAGGCGGUCCUCGCCCAGCCUCAAUUCCUGGAGAACCACUCAAUCAUCUUCUGGAACCUGGUGUGGUACUUCCAGCGCCUCGGCCUGCCCAGUAAUCUGCUGCAGCUGGUCCGGGCCUCGCCACUGAUGGGCCAGUUCGCCCAGUCAGAGAAUUCAGCAGUCAGGGUGAGGCUCCUCUGGGACACCUUGACCCCCGACACAGACCAGUGGCCCCCCCUCUACAUACUCUGGAGGAUCCACAGUGGCGUCCUAAUGAGGAGCUACAGCUGGCGGAGACAUAACCACCCAUUCACGCUCUCCUUCCUGGAAGAGGUGCUGCGCUGGAUCGGCAUGAACGAGGUCCACAAAGCGGUCACCCUCUACCUCGAUACGCUGGAAAAACAGCAGGGGGCCUGGACUCAGAGGAGUUUGUACAGAGAGUUCUUGUUCCUUACACUGGCAGCUAUGGGCAAAGACCACGUUGCAGCCUUCGAUAAGAAGUACAAGGCGGCGUACUCUCGGCUCAGCAGCUCUGUGGGACGAGAGGAGCUCCGUAAGAAGCGAGCUCAGCCUCCAGGACCCAAAGCUGUAGACUGCAGACGCAGCUUUCACCCGCCUCUCGAGUGCUAAUGACCGAGGAGCGCGAGGCUCCGUCCUGCAGCACCCCUCCCUCUGGGGGGGGCAGUGCAGACCCCGGACUCCCCCCUCCACCCCCACACCUCCUUCCCUCACCCUAGGCCUGCUUGUGUUGUUCACCUCACCAUGGACGCGGGAGCUCCUCCCUAUCUGCUGUAGUUUGUCUUGUUGAUGUGACUCCAGAUGUUCUUCAUCUUCAAGGUCUUCAUGUCCUUCGAUGCAUUAUGGGUCAAGGUGGAGAAGAGCAUUGUCUAAAGGGGAGAAGGGUGGUCCAUGUACAGAAGAAUCCCUGUCCCUGUUUUCUUAACCCAAAUGGUGACGGUAGUUGUAACCUCAGUAGCUGAUAUGCUAGAUGUGUCAUCAGUGAGACCGUGAACACAACAGUAAAGACUUGUUUAAAAAGGUGGAAUCAGGACCGAAAAGGAAGCUUCACACUUACAAGGAAACUCAAGCUGUCAGAAGGUUUGUUAAAGAAAAAACAAGAUUAGAAAAAUAUCUUCAGUUUCUUUUCAGUUAAUCAAACAAGCUGAGACUUUCUUUCUCAAACAUCCGUUUGUAUGAAUCUCUACAUAAAACUACUCAGACCCACCUUCCUACCAGAAUAAAAAAGAAGCCUUCAUCUAAUGGAGCGUAACGCAGGUUUCAUGACUGGAAACAUUUUAAUUGUCCUCCCUCAAAUAAAAACAAACAAACCAGAAGCUUGAGGGUUUCCCUUCAGAGCUCCAAGAGAACCACUAGAGUCUCAAAGCCUGUAGGAGAUCAGCUUCUCUGGUAGUCCGAACCCGAAAGAACCCUAAGGGCUAAUUAUCUCCGUUGGUCAGAACCCUAAAGACGGACAGAAUCGUGACCAACAGAGUCAGCUCUUAAUUAACUCACUUAUUUAAACCUCAAAACUUUAAAUCUUAUGUCAUGUGACAUAAAUCCCUAAUUCUCAUAGUUGCUACAAAAUCCUCCAGAGGCCUGAAAGCAGGUUCUAACCAGUCUGAGUAUUUAUCUGAUAGCAAUGUCUGUUCUGUUCCGGACCUCAUGAACACAUUGUGUUGUUACAUAUAAAUGUUUAUAAUCGCUAAAGAAGAAAUUAUAAACUUGAAGUUUAUAAUCUUUAAAUCGGAUGCAUCAGGCAUGUGUCUCGUUGUGUGAGACGUUUAGUAGAUCAGCCAAUCCUCACUGAGCCACGCAUCGGGUAUCUAUGGGUAUCAAUGAGUACCAGUGGGUACCAGCAGGUAUUAACGGGUAUUAGUGGGUAUUGGAGUGGAGGUUGGACCCUGUUGGGAAUGAUUUGGUUAAUCUGUAACAAUGUUAAAAUGUAACAAGUCAGUUAAUGCUGGUGUUAAAUUAAUCUGGUACUUUUCAGAACUCUUUAGUUUAACAUCCAACUUCAUGUUAAUCUGAUCACAUCUAAAUCUUCUCCGUUCAGGUUAAAAAGGGAAAAGACCAUUAGUGGUUUUAUAACUGUGACUAAAUAAGCUCUGGAGCAAAGCUAUUUUGAAUCGGUAUGUGCAGCAUGAAAACAUUUGAAUGUGAAGUUUGUUUUAUGAGUGAAAGUCAUUUUAUGUUUUGCCCUCAAAGCACCACAUGGCUUAUUUUAACUGCACCUUGUUUUAUUAUAACAGUCCGCAUAAACUAUUUAAAAUAGAUUUUAGUGUUUGCUGUUGUAAUUUAUAAAAGGCUGUCGUUUCAUUUGUAAAUGUUUUUUUUUUAAGAAAACACAAAAAUAAAAGACAGAUGAGCUCAAA